AUGCUGAAACGAAAGAGGAAAAGAAGUGAAAAUGUUCAGAAUGCUCCUUGCUCUGCAACAGUAGAACAGGCCAGCUGUCAUCCUGGCACUCAUGCAAAAACAACUGUUGUGAAAAUAGCAGCGCAAAGAAAACAAUGUCCUCCUAACAUUAAGAAGACUCGCUCCACAGUUUGCCCACACACUACAAAAGCACCAGAAGACAACUGCAGGGGGGAAACUGCAUCCAAACUAAAUGAUCAGACCUCCAUAUUCAGUGGUGGUGAAGAGAAAGAUAAGGCUGGCAGCAGUAACAGAACUGAAAAAUCAAGAAAAGCUAGCAGGAAAAGACCACAUGACAAAUGUGUGUCGAAGGCUCAAGUAAAGCAUCGCAAAGCUCUCUCCAAAAAAACAGAUGUUGAACCUUUACAUCAGAAGUCCUACCAACAUGAUAAGCUGGAGUGUGGAACGAUAAUAGUAGGAGCCCUAAAAAGAACACUGGUGGGGACUGUAAAUGUUUCUUUCAAGGCUAUCAAGAUAAACCUGGAAAAGGGCCCUAGGGGUAUUCGUUUAAAGGCAGCUGAAAUUACCAAGUGGACAUAUGGAUUUGCACGCAACCAAUUUGUAUCUUUCCUGCGAACUACAGCUGCUGCCUAUAAAAAACUGGAAUCCCAAAUGAAGGGGAACAGGAAGAAAGCUAAUGUCAGGAAAUGCCGUAAUGCCACAAAUCCUAAAGAACGAGAAAUCAUUUUAAUUGUUGAUUUCUGCUAUGAUCCUGAUACAUAUUCAAUAAUUGAAGCAAUGAUCACUAAUAUUGGUGAUACGAACAACAUUCCUGAUUUCUGUGUGAAAAUGACAUCUAAAAAAGCAAAUAGUGUGCUUGAGGCCUUUCAAAUACCCCUUGAAGACACCUCUAGAGAAAACAAAACAAAACAUAUUCUGCAGCUGCAGAAUAAAACACAGUCCCAGGUCCUUGGUGACAGUGAUGAAUCUGAGUCAGACUCUACACAGAGAAUCGUUUAUCCCCCACCUCCUGCAAUGGGAGGUAUUGCUGUGACCAAUAAGGAUCUUCAGUGCUUAGAUGAAGGGGAAUAUUUAAACGACGCAAUCAUUGAUUUUUAUUUGAAAUAUCUGGUGCUUGAAAAAUUGAAAAAAGAAGAUGCUGAAAGAACUCAUGUGUUCAGUUGCUUUUUUUACACAUUCCUUAGUGAGAAGGAGAGUAGAAAUUUUCCAGAGACCUCACAACUCACAAUUGAGCAGCAAUGGCAAAGGCGAGUGAAAGGAUGGACACAAGAUGUUGAUAUCUUUGAAAAAGAUUUUGUUUUUGUUCCCAUCAAUGAAGAUGAACAUUGGGUCUUAGCUGUUAUCUGUUUCCCAGGCUUAAUGCAGCCUGUAUACGAGCGCAAUCCAUACUCUAAGAAAGUUAAAUUUUCUGCUAUUUGCAAACAGCCUUGUAUUCUGCUCAUGAAUUCAUUUAGGGGCCCCUUCCCAUCACAUAUUUUCCAAAUACUUCAGGAAUGGCUGGAGUUAGAGUGGGAAGUCAGGAGAGGUACCAAAAGAAGUUUCUCUGAACAUGUUGUGAGAUGUUUAUACCUGGAAGUGCCACAACAAAACAACAAUAGCGAUUGUGGAAUUUAUGUGCUACAAUAUGCGGAGAGCUUUUUUGAGACUCCCAUUCUAAGCUUCGACACACCAAUGAAUUUAACAGACUGGUUUCCUGACUCAAGAGUGGAAAAUAAGCGAGAAGAAAUACGAAACUUAAUCCUCAGUCUGCAAUAG